AUACCGGGUACGGGUAGAGCUUUUGAACCCCCGGAAAGAAAGGAAGCGCAGCCGAGAGAGAGGGGCGCGCCUCUGUCUCUUCUGUCCCGAUGUUGUCGUCUUCAUCCCUCGACCUCUAAGGACCCAAAUUUCUCCCCUUAUAUCUUCUUUUCGUUUUUAGUCCCCUCUACCCUCCAUACAUUCUCAUUUUCUGCUUUCAUUCAAUUUACGUUUCUACCCCCGAGCACCGCAUCCCUGCCGUUCGCCCGUUCAUACAUUCCAGAAAUUUAUUCUACACUGACUCCCAAGUCCCAACCCGGCAAAUACAAGGAAACCCCACCCUUCAUUGCAGCUCAUCUUCUAACUGAUCCAAGUUCUGGUCAGCACUCAGAAAACUCGUAUCCUUGGCUGACCUGCAUGAUCUUGGAGCAUCUUGCAUUGUUCAGACUUUUUUACACUCUGCACUGAUUCAUCUCCUGCUCAUACUUAAAGCUGUAAUGUUAGUUCACUCGACAUCUCGAUUCAUCAUGUGAUGUACUCUAUGGAACUAGGUAUGGGUAUGGAUAAGAACAAUGUAGGAAUGGAAGAUGCUGAAAUGCAAUCACAGAGUGUAGAUGACAACAAUGACCAAGGGAUGGAUAAGAACAGAGUUGAUGUAGAGGCUAAACCCAAGGGAACAUAUUUGCCUCCCAUAGCUGCUGUGGAUGAACCAAAUUCCGGCGGUUCAGAGGAGCAGUAUGAUGAAGCAACGAUAGAGGGAGAAGACAACAAGCAGGAAGGUAAAUGGGAGCUUAGGGAUGAAACAGAGAAGCACAAUGGAAAUACAAAGAUAGAGGAUAAAUGCAACACAACGAGUGAGGCAUAUGAGGAGAGCGAUGAAUCAGAAGAACAAAACAUCACAAAAAUUGACUCAAAGGAUGAUGUCAUGGAGGGAAAAGAACUUUCACAUGUAAUUAAUAAUGGAAAGGAUGGAAAGCUCGCACUCAGUGUGGCCUUGAUGAACAAUGAUGCCAUUGAUGAUGACACAAAGGUAGGAAUCCUUAGUGAAACUCCUCAAUUGCUUGGUAAACGACUCACAAAUGAGGACACGGAAGGAGGAACGCAAGGCAUAACGUAUGAAGGUGAAAAUGAAAUUACUCAAAAUGGAAAUGAAAUAGUGAUUGUUGAAAAUAAGAAUGCUGAGGGUACAGUUUCUUCUGCUGAUGUCAUUGAUGAUAAAGAGGCUAGACAGGGUGGAGCUUCAGAAACAAAACAAAAGCUUAAUCAUGUCCCUAUAAUGCUGCCAGAACCUGUUACUCCACAUGUACUGGUGAAAUGUGCAUCUGCAAAACCUGGACAAAUUAGUGGGGAGACGUUCAAGAAUAAGUUUGAUUAUGGAAAGAUGGAUUAUGAUGACAACGAUGACGGGACUGCAGAAGAUCAAGCAUUGUUUAUGGGAGAGAUAGAAACUUUUUAUCGGGAGAGGUCCAUGGAUUUUAAACCACCUAAGUUUUAUGGGCAGCCACUGAAUUGUUUAAAGUUAUGGAAAGCUGUAAUAAGGUUGGGUGGCUAUGACACGGUUACUGGAUCAAAGUUGUGGCGGCAAGUCGGCGAGUCUUUCAACCCUCCCAAAACCUGCACGACCGUAUCGUGGACAUUUCGUAUUUUCUAUGAGAAGGCACUUCUAGAAUAUGAACGGCAUAAAACACAAACUGGUGAGCUUCACCUCUCUAUGAUCUCUCUUCCUGAUCCUUCAGGGGUUGACAUUGAGGGAAGUGGUCAUCAAGCUCCUGGAUCUGGCAGAGCACGAAGGGAUGCUGCUGCCCGUGCUAUGCAAGGAUGGCAAGAUCAACGUCUCAUUAAAUAUGGUGAGGUUGGUGAGACACUUAUAAAGGACAAGAACCCAAGCAGUACAGUCAAACGUGAAAAGAAUCUCAAAACUAUAGGUUCGCUCAAACAAAAGAGACCCAAUGAAGUUGAACUCUCUGUGAAAGCACCACGAACUGAGAUAUCUAGGCAGUUGACAACUACAGUUGUUGAUGUUGGACCACCUGCUGAUUGGGUGAAAAUCAACAUUCGGGAAACAAAAGACUGUUUCGAGGUCUAUGCCCUAGUUCCAGGACUUCUGCGUGAAGAGGUGCGGGUUCAAUCUGAUCCAGCUGGACGCUUGGUCAUAACGGGUCAGCCUGAACAGCUCGACAAUCCCUGGGGAAUUACUGCUUUCAAGAAGGUAGUGAGCUUACCUGCGAGAAUAGAUCCUCUUCAGACUUCAGCUGUUGUAAGCCUGCAUGGACGGCUGUUUGUACGGGUCCCAUUUGAGCAGCCAAACAUCUGAACUGAACCUACAAUGCAUCUACUGUGGGGUUCCAACCAAAUGAGCAAGUUCAGGGAUGUGAUGUGAACAAUUCUCUAAUGAAGAAAUGCAGACCUUGUUGACAGAGAUUAGGAUUUGUUAUAAUGCCCAUAGUGUAGGGGGGUGUAUAUAAGGGUAUGAAGAAUGGUAACAUUAAGCAAUGGCGACCCCGAAAACUUUUAAAACUUCUACUACUGCUACUUACUGGUUCAUGAUUAGGAAUUUGUUGAGUUGAUGGGGCAAUGAUGGAAAUUAGUGGGAGUUUGCUCAUUUGUUUGCACAAUAAUGUAGCUACUCAUGGCUGGAUGGACGCUGCUUGCUUUGCUACAGCUGCUCAUACCAGCAUGUUAGUUAAUAUGACAAAGUUGUUGAUUUCCUUGAACUGUUUUUAAUGUUGUCAGUCUUGCUGAUAGAACUACUCCAGGAGUCCAGGUAUAGAGAAAUUUACAGAAAAUGAACAAGUAUUUCAAGAAACAAUUCAAAGCUUUAUUAAUG